AUGGAUUUGGAGAGUGAAAGUUCUGCACUUGAAUCUGUUGAAGAUAAUGAAUUAACCACCUUCAUCACAACCCCAACACCUGAUGGCGCCUUAAACCAUGGAGAUAGUGAUGGCGAUGGUGAUGGUGACUACAGUAAGAUUAAGGCCAAUGGACCGUGUUCAAACGGGAUAAUUCAUGACAUGGGUACUAAUGGUGAUGGUGAUACGAAUACAUUGCCUCCUGAUGGAGAAGUUAAGGAAGGUGUGGGAAUUGAGCAAGUGGGGAAUUCAAGGGAUUCACCGUCUUUAAUGACCAAAUCCCCUGCUGGAGGGUCACCUCCUGUGACUAAAGGAUUUGGCUUGAAGAAAUGGAGGCGAAUUAGGAGAGAUGUUGUUAAGGAUGCUAGUGCUAGUGCAGAUAAUAGUAAAGUUUUGAAACGAGUAUUCUCUGGUGCUGUGAAUCCUGCUAAACCUACAAAUUUAAUGCCAGUUGAGGUCAUGCAAAAUAGCGAGGGUUCUGUUGGCUCGGCUAAUUUAUUUAGAAAUGUGGCUCUUGGUGAUGCUUUUGUGACCCGCGGGUCUAGUUUGGAAUCUAGAUUUGCUGUUGCAUCUGCUUUUGCUGCUGGAACAGAUUCUGAGAAUAGCGAGGAUCGGAGUAGCAAGUCCUCGACAGCAGCUAGUGCUCCAAGGGUGAGGCAUGACCUGUCUGCGGUGUCAGGCUAUGCACGGGACAAGAACAGGGUGAAGAAUUUGGGUGGGAAGAGUGUGGGUAGUUCUGCUCAACAAGGGAAGGGAUGGGUGGAAAACAGUAAGAAGCCUAGAGGAGAAAGGGUCAAAAUCGAGAAGGAAAACUCUCAUUCCAGCAUGGAAUCUGACUCAAGAAGCUCCAACUUUGUCUUUAUGCAGGGUGAUUGUUCUGUGACCAGUAACCGAAAGCAAAGUGGAAGGUCAAUGAAUUAUGACAGAGAAAACAGUGAUGAAGCCCAUGCAGGUGAACAACAAUUUAGUGUGAAAGUCCACACUGGUUAUGGGCAGGAGAACGUUGGAGAAGUUGGAGAUGUUUCAGAAGAUGAAUUAGCUGUAGAUGCAUCUUGCACAGAUAAGGGAGACAAAAAGGAUUACCACCGACCCUCAGCAGAUCAGGAUCCAUUGGUCGCGUCUGUACUUUCUCUCCAAUCUGUGCAGAAAGCUCUUGAAAACGAGGUUCAAAAAUUGGGGGAGAUCGGGAAAGUUAGCAGUGCAGUGGAAGAUUCCUUUUUAGGUAAUCCAGAAAUCCACAAAUCGAACGUGUCUGACCAGUUUGAAUCUGAAAGUAUCAAAGAAUCAAGUUCGUUGGAGUUCCGAGUAUUAAGCUUAACACAGAAUGUGAAAAACUUGGAAAGCAGCUUGGAGGAGGCAAACGCUAUGCUCAAGGCAAAGGAGUCGAGGGUUGCUGAACUGGAAGCCUCCUUGAAUGGUGACAAGUCCCCAAAAGAAGAAUCAGCGAGUAACACAGAGUUGCAGCAAGAGAAAUCUAGAGAGAUUGAGGACGAGCUCGAGGGCCUUUUCAGGCAAAAGAUGGAGGCUGAGAUUGAGUGUCUGGCACUAACAAGGAGUCUGCAGAAGAUGAGAGUUGCUGCAGGUGAUCAAAUCAGCCUAUUUGAGGAACAAGAGGCUCUGGCUGGUGAGCAAGUGCAGAUGCUGAAUAAGCUAGGCAAAGCAGAAAGCAAGGCUGCACUGUUAAAGAAACAAGCCGAGGAGUUAGAAAAAUACUGUGGAGAUGUUUUAGAGACCAAAGAGGUGUUUAAGAUGCAGAGCCAAGUAUGUAAGGUUACUGCAUGUUUUUUCAUUCAGUUGAUUUUGCUUAUCUUGGUUUUUUGGUUCCUAGUGUUGCAAUUAUCGCCCAAUUCUGGGGUGGUUGUACCCACUUAG